AUGUCCGAUUCGCAGACUUCCUCCCGUUCGCUCGUUCCCGCUCCCAACCUUCCCCCAUCCACGAGAAGCCUCGACAAUGUAGCUCAGGGGCGGAAACACAAAACCACCGCCUGCACGGCGUGUAAGCAAAAGAAACUUAAGUGCAGGGGGGAUCCACCAUGUCAACAUUGCGUGGCUAAUGGCAUCGAGUGCCACGUCGACGAGAUGUCCGACAUGCGCCGCAAGUUCGCCAUGAAACGGAAAUUGGAGCGGCUGGAGAUAUCUGAGGAGACCCUGAUGCGCUUGAUCGAGAUCCUUCGAGACGGCAAGAGCCCGCGCUUAGCUCAGAUGAUGUGCCUGAUCCGAAGCAAUGCCACAUUCGGCGAACUUCAAACGUUUCUCGAUCAGCAAUUUACCAGUCAGGAAAUUGCAGCGUCACCAGAACUGCGGGAAAUUCAAAGGCAACUUAUCCAACCCUCUGAAGUCGACGACGAAGAUGGACGGUCUGCGCGUCGAGGAAGCCGUCGCAUCCUGGAUGUGCGCCGCCUGGCUGAUACCCCGGUCUACCGAGUACCAGCAAAACCAUGGACGAGGGCCACCGAUGAUGAUGAACUGGUAUCUCAUUUGAUAUCCCUCUGGUUAACAUGGACCUACCCCUUCUUCGACUGGUUGGACAAGGACGCGUUCAUUCGGGAUAUGCAGGCAGGCCAACUAGAUUGCCAAUCCUGCACGCCAUUCCUGGUAAAUGCCAUCCUCGCGGAGGCUAGUUACCUUUCCGACUACGCCGAAGUCUUCACCGUUCCCAACGAUAUGUUUUCCCGAGGUGAUCAGUUCUAUGAAGAAGCGCGUCGCUUGCUUGAGGAAGAGGAAGGCCCUGCAAGUCUAACGACUAUCCAAGGUCUCCUCGUGCUCUUCAUUCGCCUUACACUCAUGGGGAAGGAUAGAAUGGGUUGGAUGUACCUCGAUCUAGCGAUUCGGGCCGCCCAAGAAUACGACGACGCGCAUCCACCUAGGCCGAGCGCUUCGGAAUCUGACCGGAUGCUUGAAGAUGCGACCAACCGCACUCUUUGGGGCGUUUUCAGCAUGGCCUCCACGGCCAAUGUCUCGUUGAUGAAACAUGUAAAUGUCGACCCGCCACGGCGCCCGCGAAUUCCGAUCAACCACAAGGAUCCUCAUGACAUCUGGUUCCCAUAUCCGCGCGAAGUGGAAUCGGUGCCAGGUCACCAUGCAUGCGUGUUCGACCGAUGGUGUGACCUUUCCUGCAUCCUGAUCACCAUCAGCCGCGCAUUUCAUGAUUUCGAGCAUCGAAUUCCCUUGUCGGAUAUCGCGAUUUUCGUGCCUGCCAUCUUUACGCAAUUAAAGGGCUGGUACGCUAAUCUUCCGGAAUGCUUACACGCGGAGGCAGCCACUGUUCCUCAUGUGUUGAGUUUGCAUAUGUUCUACCACACAACCGUGAUGCAAAUUUUCGGCUUCAUGCGCUCCAGCCAUGUGGAUCCGGGCACUGCAAGCCAUGCCCGGGAACUCUGUCUCGCCUCCGCCCGGCAAAUCGUCCACCUCCUAGGCAUUCAUCGCGCCAAAUGGGGCAUCGAUCGCAUGUCUCCAUCGACAAUCCAAUGGUGGAGCAUUGGGCUUUUCACCCUCAUGGAAUCUCUCGACUCUCGAGAGAACCGGAAUGCCUUUGUCGAGCUAUCUAUCAUCGCCGGCGCUUUCACGCGCCGGGUGCCCCUUGCCAAGGGAAUUCUACGUAUGAUCCAGCUAUCUGCCAGUCAGAUGCAACUUGUUCUACCCGAAGAGACCGAGGCGCUCUUUACGGAUUUCGAGACACUUGCGUGGAAGGAAAGCGACGCUCAGGAAUUCAGCAGUUUCUAUCCGCACUUUCAUACGGUGGUUCAGCACGGGUCCUUUCGUCAACCCGGUGUCGACCUCGAUCAAUUCCUGGCCAAGUGGGAUGGUUUGAGUAUUUCCAAGCGCAGCUCUCGCGAUUACGAGAAUGACUACGAAGCAGAACCCUCUUCUGGGAUAUGA